AUGAGGAGGGUCGGCAGCCUCUUCACUGGCUGUGUGCUGGUGCUUGCAGUGACUGAGGCCAAGCGUUUCUCCCAGCCAGGGCGGCGAGUGUGCUCAGCAGCAGUGGAAAGCCGCACUGUGUCUUUCCUGGUGUCCCAUGCGCAUCCCGUCUAUCAGCCCUACCUCACCGUGUGCCAGGAACAGAGGCUUUGCAGUACAUACAGCACCACCUACAGGGUCUCCCACCGUCAGGCAUAUCGGAUGGUUUCUCAGCUGGCACCCAGGUGCUGUCCUGGAUGGAGACGGGAGAGUGGCCACGCCUGGCUUGGAUGCAACACAGCCAUCUGCCAGCCGCCUUGCCAGAACGGAGGGAAGUGUUCAUUCCCUAACAAAUGUACCUGCCCUGCAGGGUGGACUGGAAGGUGCUGCCAGACAGAUGUGGAUGAGUGUGCUGGAGGAAGACACAGCUGCAGCCAGGCCUGCCUCAACGUGGCUGGGAGUUACAGCUGCAGCUGCCAGCAAGGACACAAGCUCCAGGCUGAUGGGAAAACAUGCCAGGCUCCAGCAGCACCCACUCAUGUCCCUCGCACUGCUCGUCCGGCUGGAGCCAGUGACCUGACUGUGCAGGAGGACGUGAAGGAGCUGAGAACCAGAGUGCUGGCGUUGGAGGAAGUACCUGCCAGCCUGAACCCGGGGGCCAGAGAAGCAGGAAGAGGAACCCCCGCUUCUAACCUGGUCACCUCUCCUCUCUUUCCCCAUGUUUAG